UCUUCUAAGACUAGAAUUUUAAAGAGCUUUAUCAAGCAUGAAGAAGCCCUUGUCCCCUCCCCACCCCCUCACACACUUCUUUGCCUCCUCAGCCCCCCUCGGCCUCUACUUCUCGAGGGACACUUACCAGGAGAAGCUGUACGUGGGCCAGCCGGCUGGUACACCCCUGCUAUACGUCCGGGCCCUGCAGGACGCCCCUGGGGAGGUGCCCAGCUUCCGCCUUGGCCAAUACCUCUAUGGCUCUUCCCGCAUGCGGCUGCAUGAGAACAGCUGGAUCCGCGUCCAGGAGGACACCGGCCUUCUCUACCUUAACCGGAGCCUAGACCACAGCUCCUGGGAGAAGCUCAGCAUCCGCAAUGGUGGCUUCCCCCUGCUCACCGUCUACCUCCACGUCUUCCUGUCGCCCGUGUCCCUACGGGAGGGAAAGUGCCAUUGGCCAGGCUGUGCCUGCGUGUCCUUCUCCUUCAUCAACACCUCCUUCCCAGCUUGCAGCUCCCUCAGGCCCCAGGAGCUCUGCUUCCCCGAGGCGAGCCUCUCCUUCCGCAUUCGGGAGAACAAGCCCCCUGGCACCUUCCACCAGUUCCGCCUGCUGCCCACGCAGUUCCUCUGCCCCAACAUCAGCGUGACCUACAGGCUCCUGGGAGGGGAGAGUCUGCCCUUCCGCUGCGCCCCUGACAGCCUGGAGGUGAGCACCCGCCGGGCCCUGGACCGCGAGCAGCGGGAGAAGUACGAGCUGGUGGCCGCGUGCACGGUGCACACCCGCGUGCGCUUGGAGGAGGUGAUGGUGUCGUUCCUGGUAACCGUGUAUGACGAGGACGACUCGCCGCCCACCUUCCCCGGGGGCGUGGACACCGCCAGCGCCGUAGUGCAGUUCAAGCGGAAGGAGGGCACUGAGGUCGCCACACUGCGGGUCUUCGAUGCUGACGUGGUGCCAGCGUCAGGGGAGCUCAGGAGGCGGUACACAAGCACGCUGCUCCCCGGGGACACCUGGACACAGCAGACCUUCCGUGUGGAGCACUUGCCCAACGAGACCUCGGUCCAGACCAACGGCAGCUUCGUGCGGGCAACUGUGCAUGACUACAAGCUGGUUCUCAACAGAAACCUCUCCAUCUCCGAGAGCUGCGCUCUGCAGCUGACCGUGCUGGUCAACGACUCGGACUUCCAGGGCCCGGGCGAGGGCGUGCUCCUCCUGCACUUCAACGUGUCCCUGCUGCCUGUCAGCCUGCGCCUUCCCCGUGCCUACUCCUUCUCCGUGAGCAGGAGGGCCCGCCUUUUUGCCCAGGUUGGGAAGGUCUGUGUGGAGAACUGCCGGGAGCUCAGCGGCGUCGACGUCCAAUACAGGCUGCAGCCCUCCAGCACCAACUGCAGUGCCCUGGAGGUGGCUACCUCCCUCGAGGACACCUCGGGGACCCUGUUCGUGAACAACACAGAGACGCUACAGCGGCCCGAGUGUGCUGAGUUUCAGUACACGGUGGUGGCCGGUGUCACGCAGGCCCAUGAGCAGGCCCAGGCCCCAGUGCUUGUCACAGUGGAGGGGACGUACGUGGCUGAGAAGGCAGGCUGCACCCUGUCCUGUGCCAUCAACAAGAGGCGGCCCGAGUGUGAGGAGUGCGGCGGCCUGGGCUCUCCGACGGGCAGGUGCGAGUGGAAGCAGGGAGACGGCAAAGGAAUCACCAGGAACUUCUCCACCUGCUCCCCAAGCACCAAGACCUGUCCCGACGGUCACUGCGACGCUGUGGAGAGCCGCAGCGCCCACAUCUGCCCCCAGGACUGCCUCCGGGGCGACAUCGUUGGGGGGCACGAGCCAGGGGACCGCCGGGGCAUUAAAGCUGGCUACGGCAUCUGCAGCUGCUUCCCCGAGGAGCGGAAGUGCUUCUGCGAGCCCGAGGACAGCCAGGGCCCGCUGUGUGACGAGCUGUGCCGGACCGUGAUCGCCGCGGCUGUCCUGUUCUCCUUCAUCGUCUCCGUGCUGCUGUCCACCUUCUGCAUCCACCGCUACCACAAGAACGCCCACAAGCCGCCCAUGCCCUCGGCCGAGAUGACCUUCUGCCGGCCCGCCCAGGCCUUCCCAGUCAGCUACUCCUCGUCUGGCGCCCGCCGGCCCUCGCUGGACUCCAUGGAGAACCAGGUCUCUGUGGAUGCCUUCAAGAUCCCGGAGGAUCCGAAGUGGGAAUUCCCUCGGAAGAACUUGGUUCUUGGAAAAACUCUGGGAGAAGGCGAGUUUGGGAAAGUGGUCAAGGCCACAGCCUUCCGUCUGAAAGGCAGAGCAGGGUACACCACCGUGGCUGUGAAGAUGCUGAAAGAAAACGCCUCCCCGAGUGAGCUGCGGGACCUGCUGUCAGAGUUCAACCUCCUGAAGCAGGUCAACCAUCCACACGUCAUCAAGCUGUAUGGGGCCUGCAGCCAAGAUGGGCCACUCCUCCUGAUUGUGGAGUACGCCAAGUACGGCUCCCUGCGGGGUUUCCUCCGCGAGAGCCGCAAGGUGGGGCCUGGCUAUGUGGGCGGCGGGGGCAGCCGCAACUCCAGCUCCCUGGAGCACCCAGACGAGCGAGCCUUGACCAUGGGCGACCUCAUCUCCUUCGCCUGGCAGAUUUCACGGGGCAUGCAGUACCUGGCCGAGAUGAAGCUGGUCCAUCGGGACUUGGCAGCCAGGAAUGUCCUGGUAGCCGAGGGGCGCAAGAUGAAGAUUUCGGACUUUGGGCUGUCUCGGGAUGUUUAUGAAGAGGAUUCCUACGUGAAGAGGAGCAAGGGCCGGAUUCCAGUCAAAUGGAUGGCGAUCGAGUCCCUGUUUGACCAUAUCUACACCACCCAAAGUGACGUGUGGUCCUUUGGUGUCCUGCUGUGGGAGAUCGUGACUUUGGGGGGCAACCCCUACCCUGGGAUUCCUCCAGAGCGACUUUUCAACCUUCUGAAGACCGGCUACCGGAUGGAGAGGCCAGACAACUGCAGUGAGGAGAUGUAUGGCCUGAUGCGGCAGUGCUGGAAGCAGGAGCCGGACAAGAGGCCAGUAUUUGCUGACAUCAGCAAAGACUUGGAGAAGAUGAUGGUUAAGAGCAGAGACUACUUAGACCUUGCUGCGUCCACCCCGUCUGACUCGCUGCUUUAUGACGAUGGCCUCUCGGAAGAGGAGACGCCCCUGGUGGACUGUAACAAUGCUCCCCUCCCUCGAGCCCUCCCUUCCACAUGGAUUGAAAACAAACUCUAUGGCAUGUCAGACCCGAACUGGCCUGGAGAGAGUCCUGUACCGCUCACGAGAGCCGAUGGCACUAACACUGGGUUCCCACGAUAUGCAAAUGAUAGUGUAUAUGCUAACUGGAUGGUUUCACCCUCAGCGGCAAAAUUAACGGACACGUGUGAUAGUUAACAUUUCUUUGUGAAAGGGAACGGACUCACAAGGGGAAGAAAUGCCAAGAAUGGACAUCCACUGGCCCUUUCUCUGUGCACAUCACUGGCCUGGCUGAGUUCAGUUCCCAGGUGGCAGACUUGUUUUUGGUAGUUCGUUUGACCUGCUUUCCUAAGCAGUUUCCCCAGCCUUCCGAUGGCUGGUGAUUGUCCCUCCUAGCCUGGACGUGCCACGCUGGAUGAGCGUUCUGAGUCUUGGUGGUUAAGCAUUCCUUUGUCUUCAGCACCUGGUGGUGCCAGUGUUGGUCUGUGUCCAUCAGUAACCACUACACACUGUGUGCACAUACGUGGGUCUGCCAUUCACUACCUUGUGUAAGCAAUUGUACCUGAACUGUUUGAUUUUUCCAGUUGCCACCGAACAAGGCAACAAGGUUUAAACAUGAAGCACACACAUACAAAAUCUGUAGGAGAGACAUUGGCUGAAAUGGCCUGUCCUGGUUCAGAAGGAGAGCCCGGUGGCGUCUGGGUGGUGGUGUUCAAACCCGACCACGGCUGGAGUGACGAGGGUGCUUCAGGACAGGCCCGAGCUCAGCAUUUGAGAUCCUGAGAAUGUUUUUUUUUAAA